AAAUGUAACGCGGGAAAAGCGGGAGCAGGGACCGCGGCAGCAGGUUGUUAUUUUCGGGGACUCGGCGCGGCGUGUCCUGCUUUCCUGUCACUGCGAGGGCCAGGCCGCUUGUUGCUUCCCGACGCUGCAGCCUGCCUUGGGGUGUACAAAGAUCAGAUUGCGGGCUUGACCGCGACUUGGGGUCCGGCUCUGCCCGCCCGGUGCCGGCCGAGCCGCUCUGCUGAACUCUGGUGGCCGCUGCGCAGGGAGAAUUACGGGAAACGUCCGCCUGCCAUGAGCCGGCGGGACUGAGAGCCGGCGACUCGGAGCAGGGCGGGCAAGCGGAGCGAGGGGCAGAUCCGGACUCCAGAAGUGCCGCCCCGGGGCGGCCGGCGCAGCGGAUCCAGGCAGGGCGAUGAUCCGGGCCGUGGAGGCGCCGAUGGCGGACAACCCUCCGCAGCCGCAGCCUGUCAUCUUCUGCCACGACUCCCCGAAGCGGGUGCUAGUGUCGGUUAUCAGGACGACCCCUAUCAAGCCCACGUGCGGCGGCGGGGGGGAGCCGGAGCCGCCGCCGCCGCUCAUCCCCACCAGCCCGGGCUUCAGCGACUUCAUGGUGUACCCGUGGCGCUGGGGCGAGAACGCGCACAACGUGACGCUCAGCCCCGGGGCUGCGGGAGGCGCCGCCUCGGUCACCUCGCCGGCCACCGCCGCCGAGCACCCGGGGCUUCGGGGACGGGGAGCGCCCCCGCCCGCCGCCUCGGGAGGCGAGGACGAGGAAGAAGCCAGCAGCCCGGACAGCGGCCACCUCAAGGAUGGAAUCCGACGUGGUAGACCCAGAGCAGAUACUGUCCGGGAUUUAAUAAAUGAAGGAGAACAUUCGUCCAGCAGAAUCCGUUGUAACAUCUGUAAUAGGGUGUUUCCACGGGAGAAAUCACUCCAGGCUCACAAAAGGACUCAUACAGGUGAAAGACCUUAUCUUUGCGAUUAUCCAGACUGUGGGAAAGCCUUCGUUCAAAGUGGGCAGCUCAAAACACAUCAGCGUCUUCACACUGGAGAGAAACCUUUUGUUUGUUCAGAAAAUGGCUGCCUAAGCAGAUUCACCCAUGCAAACCGCCACUGUCCGAAGCAUCCUUAUGCCAGGCUGAAGAGAGAGGAGCCCACAGACACACUCAGUAAACACCAGGCGGCGGACAACAAAGCUGCUGCUGAGUGGUUGGCAAAGUAUUGGGAAACGAGAGAGCAGCGUGCCCCCACCUUGAAAGGAAAGCUCGUGCAGAAGGCCGACCUGGAGCAGCAGGACGCUCUGGAAUACCUUCAGUCGGACGAGGAUGACGACGAGGAGAAGAGCCGCCUGCAGGAGCAGCGGGAGCGCCUGCACGGGGCCCUGGCGCUCAUAGAGCUUGCCAACCUGACAGGAGCGCCGCUUCGGCAGUAACGAAGUCGGGGACUCUUCCACUGUACAAACGUCCUGCCCAGCCUCCUUAAAAAGUAAAUCCUUGGGCAAAAGCUAAGCACCUUAUUUGCUUAUUAUAGGCUGCUAUUCUGUAGAAAUUAAUGAAGAAUGUUAUCGCCCCAGGUUAUGGGGUGAAGAAUUGCACUUUUUUACAUGGAAAUGGAUUUGGUGUAAAAUUUAAAAUAUUUGUAAAUAUGAACUGCACAGUGCAAGAAAACUACAUAUUGUGGGAAGCUAGAUUUUGCAAGUUUAAUGCAUUCAUUGGAAGCAGUUCUCACAGGAAGCACUUUCUGAAUAAGACACUUGUUGGAACAAACAGAAUGGUACACAUAGCCAAAGAAGGUUGAAAUAGAUUAUUUAUAAGAUCAUUUUUAACAAUGUAUAUUAGUAUGUUUAACAAUACUGUAAACACUGAAGCAAGCAAGAAAGUAUAAGAUAUGUGUGUAAGAAAUAUAUUUUUAAAUUGCAAAAUAGUGUGCCCAGUAAGGCAAGAGAAAUGGGAAACUGACUAUUUAGGGAGGUGUUCUAAGUUAUGGAUUGGAAGAAAGUAAAUAUUUGAGGAUCUUGGUAAGAUGCAUAAUAGUUUAGAAUUUUCAAAAUUGAAGUAAAAUCAGUCUUAUUCUAUCUUUCUGGCAUUUUACAACUCACUAUGAUGAUUAGGUUUGAAAAGCACUUGUCAUCCCUCACAUGUUAACUUGGGAACUUUUGCACAUUUCAUAUUUCUCAUUUGCUGAAAUUGAGUGAUUAAUCUUGCAAAGUCUAGGUAACAUGGUAACUGGUGAUUUUUUUAUAUAUGUAUUAUGGGCCCUGUAAUGAGAUUUGGCACUUAGAUUUUUUUAGUAAAAGGGACAUCUACAGGGUUGUUUUGUAGUGAAUUGUUUUAGAUCUUUUGUUAGCAAACACUAAAUUUUAAUUGUACUGCUUGUUUAGAAUUGUUAGCAAAUGGAAGCCUCCAUGUUUAUAUUUUCAGUGCAUAAAGCCACCUUGCUUUAUUUCAGAAUAACAUGCCAAGCUAUUUUGUGUUCACUAAAUUUAGCUUUCAGAUAACACUGCAGAAAAUAUUAGCUGUUCAAAUAAGUAGGCUUCUGAAAUAGUUUUAACUGCAAGUGUAUUAACUCGUGUUGGUUUUAAACCGUUUUCCCAAGUAGAUGAAGUUAUUAAACAUCACUUUAUGUACUGAAGCAUGAACAGAAAAAUCAAGAGCUGAGCAGUCCACCUUCUUUCUGUAGGCAUAAACCUUGAUCAUUUUAGCUUUUGUUUUAAGCAGAAACUAGAUAACAUGCAUAGCAUGAUAAUUUAUAGAUUGCUUAAUUGGAGUAAACCUCAGAAUAAUUGAGGGAAAUAUGGGCUCCUCAGCAUGCCUUUUAUUUUCUUUUUUAAGUUGAAGUGAUAUCUUACUGAUGUAGUUUAAACAUUGUCUAGGCUGUAGGCUUCUUUAUCCAAAAAUCCCAAUGUAUUGCAGUACACAGAUGGUUUAAAAUAUGUAGCCAUGGGGAAGGGGAGGUAUGUAAAUGUCUUGAAAAGAAAAGUAGCAAAAGUGUGAAAGAAGAUAUGAUAGUAACAAAUGAUGUGUAUGAUGAGGACAUACUUUAAAAAUGUAAUUCCUCUGUAUAGUAAAUUACAAAUUUGAGGUUUUUUUUGUUUUUUUUUUGUUUUUUGUAAUGACAGAAUUUAUAUUUGUAAUGGUCUAAGAAUUUUGUUUGUAAUCUGGUAUAUAGAAUUUUAACUUGGAGCACUUAUAAGCAUGGUAAGAGAGACUAUAGCUUCUGAAUUUCUUGGUUUAGGUUUCAACAUUUCCUCUAGAAUUUUUCCUUUGAAAUGAGUUAAAUGAACUAAAAAGCAACUCAUCAGUCUUGGGAAAUUCAAAAUUCAGUGAACUUACAUAAGGAAGGAAGAGCGGUAAGAGUUUUAAAAAAUACAAAUGCUUGCCAGUUCACAGAUAAUACAGUAUAAGGCCUUCAAAAGUAAGGGUUUUUGUUUGUUUCUCCAGUCAGCUUUUUCAACUAUAAUAGUUAUAUUUGCAAACCUAUUUUAUUUGUAUAAUUGGAACAGUUUGAGAAAUUAUUACAACUAUUUACUAUAGAAACAUUUAAAAUGUUGUUUUUUGAUAUAAGCUAUAUACUUGGAUAAAAUAC